AUGGAUAAGCCUAACUUUGUAACCCGACCCGAAGAAGCUGAAUCCGCCGCGAAACAACUCGGCGUGUCCGUCGUUCAGCUCCUCCAUUCGCUGGUCAAACCAGCUCAAUCCUUCGCUCGACCUCCGAUCUCCAAAUUCCACGUCGGAGCCGUCGGACUCGGAUCAUCCGGUCGGAUCUUCUUAGGCGUCAAUGUCGAAUUCCCGGGUCUCCCUCUGCAUCACUCAAUCCACGCCGAGCAAUUCCUUAUCACCAAUCUCACGCUCAACGGCGAGCGCCAGCUCCGAUUCUUCGCCGUCUCCGACGCACCAUGUGGCCAUUGCCGUCAAUUCCUCCAAGAAAUUCGCGACGCGCCGGAGAUCAGAGUGCUAAUCACCGAUCCAAAAACCGCCGCGGAUCCCGACGCCGAUUCAGACGGAUUCUUACGUCUCGGGAGCAUCUUGCCUCACAGAUUCGGUCCCGAGGAUCUUCUCGGUAAGGAUUUGCCUCUUAUCCUCGAUCAUCGCGAUAACAGUCUCACGAUCUCGGAUCCCGAUUCGAUCUCCAACGGAAACACCGAUAUCACUUCCGAAUUGAAGCGUACGGCUCUAGCGGCGGCCAAUAGAUCGUACUCGCCGUACAGUUCGUGUCAGUCGGGAGUUGCGCUGGUGGAUUGCGACGGGAAAGUGUACAGAGGAUGGUACAUGGAGUCGGCGGCUUAUAAUCCUAGUUUGGGGCCAGUACAGGCGGCGCUGGUUGAUUACAUAGCCAACGGAGGCGGAGGAGGUUACGAGAGAAUCAUCGGAGCGGUGCUUGUGGAGAAAGAAAACGCGGUGGUGCGGCAAGAGCUCACGGCGAGGCUGCUUCUACAGACUAUAUCGCCGAAAUGCGAGUUUAACGUCUUCCAUUGCCGUUGA